UCCUGUCUGUUCGGUCAGGCGUGUGCUGUGGUCGCAGGACAGUUCCCGCGCAAUAACGCAAAAUGAGCAAGAUUGUGGAGUGUGUGCCGAACUUCUCGGAAGGACGAGACAAGUCGGUCAUCGACGCCAUAUCGUCGGCGAUCGGCGGCACGGCUGGGGUCACGCUGCUUGACGUCGACCCGGGCCAGUCGACCAACCGGACGGUGGUGACGUUUGUUGGUGACCCGGAGGCGGUGGUGGAGGGGGCGCUGAAUGGAGCGCGGGCCGCCCACCGUCUCAUCAACAUGGCCCAGCACUCAGGUCAAACAUCCCGGAUGGGUGCCCUCGAUGUGUGUCCCCUUCAUCCUGUACGGGGUGUCACCGAGCAGGAGUGCAUCCAAUGCUCGAAGAGGUUCGGCGAGCGGCUGGCGCAGGAGCUGGGCGUGCCCGUGUUCCUGUACGGCGCCGCGUCCUCCCGCGACUACCGUCGCACCAUGCCGCAAAUCCGCGCCGGCGAGUACGAGGGCCUGCGCGAGCGGCUGGCGGAGGCACGCUGGACGCCGGACUUCGGUCCGGCCGAGUUCGUGCCCGGCUGGGGUGCCACCGUCACCGGCGUCAGGAAGUUCCUCAUCGCCUACAACGUGAAUGUGCUCGGCACCAAGGAACAGGCCCACAGGAUCGCUCUGAACAUCCGGGAAGGAGGGCGCGGCGCGGACGCUCCGGGCCGGCUCCAGUGCUGCCAGGCCAUCGGCUGGUACCUGGAGGAGGCUGACCUGGCUCAGGUCUCCAUCAACCUCACCGAUUAUGACGUCACGCCGAUUCACGUCGCAUUCGAAGAGUGCAGGACGGACGCAGAGGCCCUCCGGCUGGCUGUGGCCGGCUCCGAGGUCGUGGGCCUGCUGCCGCUGGCUGCCCUGCUCCAGGCGGCCGACCACUACAUCCAAAAGGAAAGCCUGUUUAUUCUGGAAGAGCGUCAGAAGGUUCGGUUGGCUAUAGAUCGGCUGGGACUCAGCUCAAUCGCGCCUUUCGACCCAGACCAGCGGAUCAUCGAGUACCGGCUGCCGGCGCCGGCGGCCGGCCGGCUGGCCGCCCUGCCCGUCUCCCAGUUCGUCCGCCAGGUGGCAGCGCGCUCGGCCGCCCCAGGUGGCGGAUCUGUCGCUGCUCUCUGCGCCGCUCUGGGGGCAGGCCUGGCGAGCAUGGUUGGGAGGAUGACGUACGGGAAGAGACAGUGGGAACACCUGGACACUGAGAUGCGCCGGCUGAUACCCGUGUUCCACAACAUCGUCGAUGGUCUGGUGGCAGCCAUCGAUGACGACACGUCCGCAUUCAACGACUACAUGGCGGCGCUGAAGCUGGCCCGCUCGACGCCGGAGGAGGCGACGGCGCGCGCGGCAGCCAUGCAGGCGGGCCUGCGCUCGGCCGUGGCGGUGCCGCUGGGCUUGAUGCGCCGUAUCCAGCAGCUCUGGCAGCCGCUCGCCGAGCUGGCGCCCCUCGGCAACAUCGCCACCAAGUCCGACCUGCAGGUGGCGGUCCGGUGUCUGGAGACGGCCUCCUGGGGAGCCCUCCACAACGUGGCUAUCAACCUGGAUGACGUGGAGGACGCCCAGUUCCGGCAGCAGACACUGCAGGAGGCGGAGCAGCUGGCCAGCGAGGCGACGUCGAACAGCCGCCAGCUGCUGCAGGUCCUGGAGGCCCGUCGUCAGUAACGCCACGCACGGGCCCAGGUCACGGUUAGGGACCGACGGCUUCGGUUCCGGCGGUGGGUCCCGGCAGCGACCAGGCGCUGCCAGCUGUGGGAUACUGUGGCGGGCCUCCGACGCCGACGACAGCGGCGCACGGAGGCCGGCCGUCAGCGAGCGCGACCAUCAGCGGCCAACGAACAGCGCUCUGGCCGCAAAGCGUCCUGGGCCAGGGUGUGUAAAUGGCGGGUAAAUGUCCGGCGAAUACACGCUCGGUGGAGCGAGCUCAGCAUGAA